UUUCUAUUAUCUAUUAUCUAUUUUUUUUUUUUUACUUUUAAACUAUAUAUUCCCAAUCUAUUUAAGUGUAUUAUCAGUGGACUUAUUUUCUUUUAUUUGUUAACGGCAUAAAACCACGCUACAGUUAUUAUUAACCACCAUACAGAACCUGACAAUAAAGUUAGACUACACGACUGUUACGUAAGUUACACAUUGUAUUUCCAAAGCGAAGGUCGCUGGUUCAAAUCCAGCUCUUCUGAAAUGAAGAUAGCUCAGUGGUUAGAGCGUCGCUUACCAUUUGUAAGAUAAUAAGGUGAAGCUUGACUAUUAAAUAUGAUUAUUUAAUAUCAUAUAAUGUCUUAUAAUCAUAACUCUGAAUUAUAGUGGAAAGAUGUAUUCAAUGAGGAAACUGGUUUGUGGCAAUUUAAUCUUAAAUGUCCCAGCAAGUGUGUCGUAGAUGGCGAUCCUUUUUCUACAAGAUUGCAAGAUAAUCUAAAAUUAAGAGAUAAUUGGAGUGAGGAAAACGAAGACAUCGAUUUUGUACCUGAUAUGAAUGGAACAUGCCCAUGUGAGGCUGGUUGGUUUUCAGAUGAAUUCCCACAAGGAAUUAUUGGAAAGUCAACGGAGUCUAAAUUGUAUUUGGACAGGAAAGUGGUGAAGUGCAACGUUUUCAUGCGUUUGUGCUUGCAGAAUUGUUGUGAACGUAAAUGGGAUGGAUGGAAUGAAUCCAUAUUCAGGCUUUCAUCAGCUACUUGUGCGGGUUAUGAAAUAGGCUGGGAUUUUGUUGAUGCAGUAAAAACAAGUGGUCAAACGUUUAGCGGUUUCGUGACGGUUAUGAAUAACAGUUACAGGAGAAGGAAUCACGGUGCCCAAAAGUUUAUGUCAGUUCCAGUUUUUAUUGAUUGGUUCUUCGCAUGGGUUUCAGCUAUGCAAAUUGAAUUUCGUCAGCAAUGUAGGUUGUGUGGAGGCGAAAGUAAAAUAUUAGCCUGUGACGGUACAAAGUUAGGAGUGGGUUUUAAAAAUACUUUCGUUGAUCCCAUCGAAAAUACUGAGGGUGGGGAAAUUUUGGAGACAACAUUAAAACGGCUUAAUCGUUGCUUUAUAUUUAAUACCCCCGACCAUGAUUCUCGGGAUUUCAGUCAGGCGAGAAAUUUGUUAAAGGAGCAGUGCCAAAAGAUUAUUGAUUGCGACCCUGGUGUGGUUGAGACAGGCAUUACAGAAUUUAUAACUGAGUAUGCUCGACCUGCAUAUCAAAAAAUGAUUUCUACCAAUUCGGAUAGCAAAGAACGGUAUGCAUUGGCCAAGUUCUUUCUUUUACUUUCAUCCGACGCUUCAGUAGACACUGUGUUGCCAUUUCGUUUUUGUCAAGACGUGUUAGAUUUUGUUCAAAAGAUUACUGAUGAAGAAUUAACAACCGCCGACCUACGAUUAUUUUUGUACGAACUGAGGUUUUAUGCUCCUGAGUUAUCUUCCUUGUUAUUCGCAUCCUCUAUAUCGUCAUCGACUGAACUUCCAAGCAACGAUGUUAUAUUGUUACUUAGAUACCUGGUGGCAUUUAUAAAAAAUGUACACUCUCAUGAUGAACCACCGGAAGAUCCAGUACCUAUACCGAAAACUUACAACCCUGCUAAAUAUGGACGCGCAUAUUACUUUAAUACACAUGGUUGUCAAGUUCGUAAAAUGCGACAGUUCACUAUUGACACAAAAGAACGUAUCCAUGCCAAUUUUGAUGACCCACCAGACAACGCAUGUGAGAAACGCUUUCCAACAGUUUCGAAAAAAGGAACAACCUACGUAUUUCUUUGGUUUUGUCCUUUACAUGGACAUUGCUACGGCUUCCAUACAAUUCCUGGAAGCGAAGGACGAAAGGACCCUGCCGCGUCGCUAUUAACCCAUAUCAACAGCGCUCCUGACGACAUUUUUUACGAUUUUGCAUGCAGUCUUUCGAAAUAUUGCAAAAAUCGAGAAUCUGGAUUUUUUGCAAAAACAAGGUUUUUCCACGACGUAUUUCAUGGUUAUACGCACAAAUGCACCAACGCUUUCAAGUACAACCGUCUUCUUGCUUCAAGUGCGAUAAAUUCUUCCAUUUGUGAGCAAUUUAAUAGUUAUAUUCAAAACAUAAAGUCCUCUUGUAAAUUGAUGUCCCAAACGCAUUUUGCGUUGUAUCUGCAAUUUUUUAUUUACUUGUGGAAUCAACACAAAGAUGAAUCACAUAAUAGAAAAUUGAACAUUGCGCUGUCUGGACGUGCUGAUGAUUGAAAUCUCAUUGUUUGUUUGUACUGAGUUUUUUAUGUAUCGAAGAUAAUAAGUUCAUAAUAUUGAAAAUUGUUUUCUUUAAAUUAAUUUCUAUUCAUU